AUGCAGUCAAGAGCAACAUUUCACCGGCGGGCGGAGUUCGAACGCACUUUUAACCGCAACCACAUGCACGGACUUGUUGCCUACGACGAUGAUUCUCUCAGCGAAUCGGAAGCUGGACCCUCGAAUGGCGUCGGCCAACAUCCGAAUGAUAAGACCUCGAAAUUAGGUCCCAAGAAUCCUGCCGAAUGUAGACGAAUACCCAAAUCUCAAGUCAUCAUCAAGCGUCCACACAACAGCCACAAAAACCAUCACCCGCGUGCCCACGUUUCGGAAGACCUACCUCCAGAACCCCCACAAGCAGCGACAGAGCCUUUACUGCUAGAGGAAACUUCGUCAAUGGAUAUGUCUGUCUCCCCAAGCCCACCAGAACCUUCGGACAAAUCCAAGGAUGAAUUAUCUCGGUACCGAGCUGUUCUAGAACCACCUCCAACUCCUGGCAUUGAAGACUGGGGAAUCCCUCCUGAAUGCCCUACACCUUGCGACCCCGUCUUGCAAGCAAAGCUUGCGAAAUUCUCAGCUCUCAAGCAAGACCCAGCCAACCCAAAGCAUUUCAACGACUCUCUCAUGUCCAAUCACUCUUUCCGGAAUCCCCACCUUUAUACGAAGCUCGUCGAAUUCAUGAAUGUUGACGAACGUGCGACGAACUUCCCCUCGGACAUCUGGAGUCCGAACGAUGUGAAGCCUGAUUGGUUUGCGGACCAAAUUGGUAUGUUCUAUUUCAAGAUUUAUAUUGAAUUACGUUCAUGCCUCGCUACCCGCGCCCGUUGCAUCUCUUCCUGCCCCUCUGCUGUGCCCUGUUCGGCUGGUUAUCGCCAUCAUUUACGACGUUUCCUGGCGCUGAAUCGCUUCCAUCCUGCGGGCUGCAACACUUGGCUGCACGAAUUCAAAGCUAACGCUCAGAAAGAGCGUUCCGAAAAGCAAACGGCGUCUCAAGCAGCUGGGAGACGAACCCAGAUCGAUUUUGCUCGUCCAAAGGAAAAGGAAACAGUGCCGCAGAGAAAGAGUCGCUUCCAGCCAUACGGGUCUGGGAUUGGUGCUUCUGCAGCCAGAGACAAACCCAAAUGGCGUUGGGGCUAA